AUGAUCCCAACCACCAGUGAUCCACCAGUGUUCCAACCGUUCCAACCCAUCAGGAACGAAGCCGCCGUGCAGAACGGCGAGGGCCCGGUCUUUUUGGAGGCCUUUGUGGCCAAGAAGCUGCGGCCGCACCAGCGCGAUGGCGUGCGCUUCAUGCGACGUUUGACGCUAUUUCCAAGAAUCGUGGGUGCAUUCUGGCAGAUACGAGCCUUGGAUUUCGCCAAUGCACGAAAAAACUCAGUGGUUCACCUGACUUUGGCGAGUGCACCCAGCGAUAAGAUGGGCCUGGGUAAGUCAUUGCAAGCCUUGGCCCUGCUGUGGGUGGUGCUCUCGAACAACCUGGUGGCGAAGGCUGAGUCGGCGGUGAUUGUUUGCCCAUCUUCCCUCUGCGGCAAUUGGCGCGCCGAAGUCAAGAAGUGGCUUGGCGAGCAACGCUUGAAGCCCACCGUGGUCGAAAGUGGCAAAGAGAAGACCGAGCUCCAGUUGCGCGAGUUCAGGGACUUCGGGUCUCGGAAGUUGCUGAUUGUGUCCUAUGAUCAGCUGCGUCGACAUGUUCAGCUCGUAGACCCCGUGUGCGAGCUGUUGAUUUGUGAUGAGGGUCAUCGCUUGCGAUCACAGGGAACGGCCACCACCAAAACCUUGGGACAGAUGCAAUGUCAACGUCGCAUCCUGUUGAGUGGAACGCCCUUGCAGAACGACCUGGAGGAGUUGUUUCAUUGCGGACGCUUUGUACGUCCGGACCUCUUCGCCCCUUCGCGGCACUGUGGCUACAUGGCGCCGCGCAUCGCCGCGCAGGUGGUGCAGCGGGCGCGGGAACCCUACGCCACCGCGGAGGAAAAGGCAUUGGGGCAGCAGGUGACGAGGGAGUUAGAGCAGAAGACCUCGCAGUUCCUGCUGCGCCGCACCAUGGAAAACGUCAGCUUCGGCUUGCCGCCGCGGGUCGAGGUGGUGUUGCGACUGCGCCUGGCACCCACACAGGUGGCAGCCUAUCAGGCGCUGCUGGCAGAUCUGCACUCCGGGCCUCAAAACAUGGCGAAAGCCUUGAAGGUGAGCCCCGAAAAUGCGCCAAGGGCGAUGAUGGCGUUGCGUCUCCUUUGCAACGACCCUGCGGAUUUGUUGCAGGACGGCAGCGACAAGAAGAAGGGCAAAGCCCACGAAGAGGUCGCAGACAAUCAGCUAGCUCCGGAGGUGGUGAGACAGAUGCUACAGGACGCCAGUGGUUUGAGUGCCAAAUCGCUGGUGCUCUUGGCACUGCUGCACCAUUGGCGCCGUGAAGCGCCCACGGAUCGGGUGGUGGUGGUGAGCAACUUCAGCCGCAGCCUGCGACGCCUACAGCGCCUAGUGCCCUUCAAGUGCUCCUUGCUCUCAGGGGACACGGUGCCGGCCAAGCGCAUGGCGGCGGUGGAAGGAUUGAAUACCCCUGGACCCGAGGGCACCGAUGUGUUGCUCUUAUCCUCCAAGGCCGGUGGUACAGGGCUGAAUUUGAUCGGCGCCAAUCGCUUGAUCCUCUUCGACCCAGAUUGGAACCCGGCAAACGAUGCACAGGCCAUGGCGCGCAUUUGGCGCCAGGGGCAAACCAAGCCCUGCUUCAUCUAUCGCUUCGUGCUGGCUGGGACUCUGGAGGAUGUUUUUUUGGGGGUUAUAUGCUGGAAAUUCAGGGAAAAUCCUUGUGCUCACGGAAAUCAAAUGAGUCCAAUUUGA